AUGUUUCUGCUUUUCAUCAUUUUGAAGGUUUGGAAUUCCGGUCUCGAAACAUACCACAACAUUCCGGGUUCUACUCUUUACACGAAGUUCACAUCGUCGGACGUUGUGCCAAUCGAACGACCGCUGCCCACUGAAGUGGUGGAUAAUGGGAUGGAUGUGGAGGUCACCACGAAGUUUGUCUUCGAGCAUGACCACUUCGAAAAAGAAUGGAGUCGUGGACUCAGCAAUUGGGAGGAAAGGAUGGAAGGAGUUCAAACCAAUGUUUUCUUUUAUAAUGCUUACCUGGGGAAAGUCCGAAUUCCAAGUGACUUGGCUAUUCACAUCAUUAAGCUCGUUGAAAACCUCCAGAAAGAUUGCUACGAGCGAUUGAAAACGGACCCCAUCAAUGUGAUUGUGAAAGUUAGACUACUCAAAGACUUCGUGGAGAUGUGCAUAAUGCAUCCAGACAACGAGAUGUAUGUGGUUAAAACGAUAGUGGACGUAGAGUAUGUAGAGUGA